CUACGUUCUGUAAAAAAAUUGUUUUUCAAAUUUUCGAAGCCUAAAACAAAAAAUGUAUAAUUUUUAUUAUUACUAUUUAAAGUAAUGAAAACGAGAAUUUCUAAUAAUGUGGUCCAUAACAGAUUCAUAAACGCCGUACAUUAAACUAAUAAUAAAAUGAAAUCGCUUCGCUGUUCUGAAUUAAUAUUAAAAAUAAGCAUUACAUUAUGUAAUUAAAGUUGAGAUUUAAUUAAUGAAUCUCACUUAUUAAUUAUCGAAUCUCACCAAAUAUAACCUCGUGAAAAAUGUGUUUUUAAUUGAAAUAAUCGCAAAAUAUUUAUCAUGGAUUCUGGACCAGAGGAAAUUCUAAUUCUGGAGCCGUUUUAUGGCGGUUCGCAUAAGAAACUGAUUGAUGUUAUUACAUCAAAUUUGCCCAGUCAUCAGUACAAAUUGAUAACAAUGACAGCCAAGAAAUGGCACUGGCGUGCACGUACCUCAGCUCUCUACAUGUCCACGCAGAUACCAGUCUAUCACAAGUUCAAGAUACUUCUCUGUACAUCUGUAUUACCUCUAGCAGAAUUAUUGGGACUGAGGCCAGACUUGACGAAAUUGCAUAAAAUUGUAUACUUUCAUGAAAACCAAUUGGAGUUUCCCGUUCGUGUGGUAAAGGACAGAGAUUUUCAGUACGGUUAUAAUGAAAUAUUGACAUGUUUGACAGCAGAUAAAGUACUGUUCAACUCUUACUACAAUAAAGAUUCAUUCCUGUCCCAUAUAAAAAGUCACUUAAAAUUACAACCAGAUUACAAAGUUAAGAACUUGGAACAAAUCAUAGAGGGAAAGUGUUAUGUGGUGUACUAUCCUAUGGAUAUAUCUUUAAUGGAUAAAUAUUUAUCCCUGGUUGACAAGACCACUUCGAAUACUCUGCAUAUAGUUUGGCCACACCGAUGGGAAUUUGACAAGAAUCCUGAAGCUUUUUACAGAGUUCUCAAGAGGUUGGACAAUAAUGGUUACCAUUUCAAGGUCAGUAUACUAGGCGAAUCAUUUAAUGAAAAGCCAGAUGUUUUUAGAGAAUUAUCCAGAAGUUUAAAGGAAUCGUUGUUGCACUGCGGAUAUGUAGAAUCUCUCAGGGAAUACUACAAGAUUCUGAACAAUGCCGAUGUAGUAGUCUCUACAGCAAUACACGAAUUUUUCGGUGUGGCCGUAUUAGAAGCAGUGUACUGCGGAUGCAUACCAGUGGUACCCAAACGCUUGUCAUACAGAGAGUUAUAUUUGGAACAGGUGGAAGAAGUUUAUGACACUGAAAACGAGUUAUAUAAUAUACUGGGAGAUCUUUGCACGAGGAAGGAAAAGGGCGAAUUGAAUAAGGACUACAGGCAUAUAGCACUGCAGUUUGAAUCCAACAAAUGGUUCAGCGAAUUUGUCAAAUUAUUGUCUGUAAAUUGAAAAUAGUAUUUUUUUUUUAGUGAAUGAUAAUGGAGUGAUAACCCUGCCUGCGCUAACGGUAUAUGCUGACGGAGCAUCAGUGAUGGAUGAUAGGUGAGAAUGAAAAUGCAGGUCAGUUAGCCCAUCGUGAUGUGUCACCAUGGACUAACUGACCUGCAUUUUCAUUCGUCACUUGGUAUUCAGCACGAUGGUGUCCAGGUAGGACCACGGGGAGGUCGACCUGGCAGGGUAUAUUACUAGCAUAGGUACUGGUAGUCCCCAUUACUAACAAUCCCUUUCCCCCCUGAAAAUAGUAUUUAGUGAAUGCCAAAGUUAGUUACUUAUGGGUAUUAUUAGUAUACUUUACAUAUUAUUUGUUACUCUAUUUUUAUAUACUCUGCACAAUUGGUAAACAAAACAUGGAUUUUUUUUGUCUAGUUCAGUUUUAUAAAUAUAAAACGUUGGGUUUACACUGUCUGUCGUCUGUAUGUCUCCCUUUAUACACAGAUUUCUAUCAGCCAUAAUACUUAACCCUUCUUUGCAUGAUUUUGUUUUAUUGGUGAAAUAAAUGAAGGUGAUAUAAUUAAUGUCUGGAUAUUGCGUGAAUUUACUGGGUAUAGAGGAAUAACACCUGAGUCCUCAGGAAUGGCAACGCAUGGGGGGUAUCAUAGGCGAAACAGUAUACUCUGUUAUGUCCAUGGUACUGCUCAUGUCUAUAGGUGACGGUUACCACUUUACAUCAGGUGGGCCGUCAGCUUGUUUGCCAUUCUAAGUUGUAUAAAAAAAAAUGUUCAUAAUUAAUGGCAAAAUGAUUAAAAAAAAUAAAUUUAACAGCUAUGGUUUUUUUGCUGCAAUGGACAUUAAAUUACCUACUUCUACUAUAAUACAUUAAAUACCUUAUCCGGACAGGGUCAACCUGAAGCGAAAUUGUUCUUUAAUAUAAUUUUUGAGUAUUUAAUGUUAUGAUGGAAAUUUUCACCAGUAUGCAAAAAAGGGUUAAGAACUUAUUAUGUGCACUUCUGACAUUUUUACAUAUAGAACUGUCUUGCAAAUUUGCGUUAAACACCACACGCAGAUGCAGGUGGUUCGGGACCUUUCCUUAUGUCAGUUUAUGGGGUAAGACUGUGUUUAACAGUGGACAAUUAGUGGCCGAUAUGAUGAUUACGGCACAUGGCGAAUUACAUAGAGAGAGGUACUAUAAGGUUGGCUGGGAGAGAAUGCUUUUAGCAUUUUUUUAUACCACUGAGGUGGCAAACAAACAUACGGCCCACGUGAUGGUAAGCGGUUACCGUAGCCUAUGAACGCCUGCAAUACUAGGGGUAUUACGCGCGCGUUGCCGUUUUCUUGGGAAAGCCUCAGCAGGGAGCUCAUUCCAUAACCUGCAAGUUCGUGGGAGAAAACAUCUCUGAAAUCGCAUUGUACGCGACCAUUUAGGCUGUCCGCAUUACAUAAUAUAUGUACUAAUGAAUAAAUAAAUAUAUAAUAAUGCUAGUUUUGUUUACUAAUUGUGCAAAAGUAUAACAAGAGAUUUAUUCUAUUUAUUUAAAUUAACCAUGUUUUAAACAUGUUAUUUACAUUUAUGUUACUAUGUUAUAGUUAAUAAGAUAUAAAAAUACCAGAACCUGAAUAUAUGAAAUACUCAAUGUACUACUUUAGUGAUUUUUUUUUCUGGCAACUUAUAUGCCGAUUUUUGUUCGGUUUAAUUUUGUUAUAUAGAAAUGUAGUGACAUAUAUUAUUAUAUAAUAUCUAGUUUUAAGAAUACCGUUUGGUCACGUGUGUGUAUAAGUUUCAGUAUAUUCCAAGAUAUUAAGAUUGUAUUUAAAAAAAAAAAAGAUUUGAACUAUGGCAACCCCAGUUACUUUGAUUUAAAAACUAAAGUACUAAAUUGAUUUUGAUGAAAAUUCUAUGGGGGCCAAUCUGUAAGUAAAUACUUUUAUUUAAAAAAGAAUUUCCCUAGUCAGUUUAUAACUGACGCGAGUUAUGAGGUACUAGUAGUAGUGAGUUUUCUGAUGGGUGAAAAUGGUAUGGUAACCCCGCCUGCGCUAACGGGAUACGCUGGCGGAGCACCAGUGAAGGGUGAUAGAUGAGAAUGAAAACAGGCCCGUUAGCCCAUCAUGAUGAAUUCAUCAGGAAUUAACCAUGAUAAUUUCCAGUGAGAACCGCGAGAUCGACCUGGUUUAUUGCUAGCACUGGGAUUUUCAGUCUCCAUUACUAACAAUCCCUUUCCCCCCAGUUGUAGUGAGUUAGACGCCACUAGCCGUAUUCUAUAUAAGUGUAUCCAAUCAAUACGCCAUUUUAAUCGAGUUAGAGCUAUAUAAAAAAAGGCAUUUAAAAAAUAUUAUUGUUAUCACGACUUAUGAUGGUUGAUACUAGAUGGCGUUGGAAUCGAGACUUGGUAUUUUAGUUAGUUGUUUAAUAAUUAAAGAUAAUUUGAAGUAAAAUUUUUAAGUUAGCUAGUACCUAUUACCUCGUCACUUACAUCAAUCUUCUUUCACAUUGUAUUUCAAUUUAGUCGAAUCGAUAUUUUUUGUCUGAUAUUUUUAAUAUAAAUUGGUAUGACAAGCUGACGACCCACCUAAUAUGGCAAUCGUCGCAUGUAGACAUGAACAGCGCCACUGACGGUACAGAAUAUACUGUGACACCCCUGACACGUUUGCGUUCCCAUUCUUGACACUAUUAGGUUAUAUUUUAAGGUGUUGUUCUUGCUUCGAUAUACGCUUAUUUAAACUUUUUGAUUAUUUAUUUUGAGUUUUUUUGUUUUUUAUUUCUACGAAUCGUAUGCGGUUCCGAGAGAAAUAUGUUUAAUAAUUACUGUUAUAUUGUUUACGAUGUUGUUACUUUUUUCAGUAUCUGAAAAUAAUACUCUACUUAAGGUGCCAUAGUAUUUGUAAGAAAUCACCUAUGUUACUUAGUUGUUUAUUAAUUCUUAAAUAUAUUCUCAUUUCGAAUUCUAAAUUGAUUUAUGAGGCGCAACAUUAUGUCUGAUAAUAUAUUAUUUACAUUUAAAUUUAUUAAAAAAAAAAUCCGGAAAAACUGUCGGACGAUACUUUGCCUUUUUUUAGAAA